AGAGCCUCAAGGGAAGGGAAAAGAGAACAAGAAAAUAUCCCACUCACCUACAGCGAGAUCGAUUCUAGGAAAAGAAAUAACUAAUCUCAAGCGAAGUUACUAGCCUUUGACUUCGUUGGCCAUAACGCAGCUCGAGUCAACGAUUAUCGUAAAAAUUUUCAUUUUUUCACAUUACGUUUUUUAUCUCCUCUCCCUCUCUUUCUUUCUUUCUUUUCUUUAUACAUUCAUGACUCUUUGUAAUUCCAUACGUGCAUUCGGUGUCAAGGUCAAUGUCGGAUUAUCGUGUUGGCAGCUGCUAUGAAUCCUUGCCUCGUCUCAGCUAAAGUACAAUUUGUAGUUUCCGGUAUUAUUGCGUAUUACAUAUGCAUAAAAAACCCGGUUAUGAAAGUUUUAGGUUUAUAAAUCGCUGAGCUUGGCCAAUCUCUGAUGCAUUUUCACAAUCCGACGGCGGCGAUAUUUUCAGCUGUUUCUUUCUCUAUUUUUAUUCGAAAAUUCCACUCUUACGUAUUCCAAAAUAAAUUGUCAUUCUUUGAUACUUUUCAUACAAUUUUUAAGCAGCCAACAUACUAUUUGAAUUUUUACGUUAACGACUAAUUUCUUUAUUUUUAAUUCACUGUUUCUAUAUUUUUGCCAUACGCACGAUACAUUUACUAUGAAUGAAUUUUACGAGUUAAAACAGAUAUGAGAUCGCAAUCGUUAUCGGCGAAAUGUGCCAUACCUUUCAUCACACAAAUGGACCAUCAGUUAUAGAAAAUGCAAAGAUUGUUUGUAUCUCGAGAUCGUUUGGACAGAGAAUCUCUUACUUGCAUCGUUUGUCGAGAUACUUGAAUCAGCUUUCUUGUUCUGCGUUACGUGGUCUAAAAAACCGCGAUUAUUGGCUGCUUUUUAAAUUCACUAUUUGAAUUUCUUAUCCGCACUUUCCCAAUCGGUAAUGAAAAUGAAUAGGCCACAUUUGACAACACUAGAACAUAGAAUUAAAAAUUUCCAAGUAAUUUUUUGGUGAAUGAUCUACUGAUGAUGAGUCUGAAAAUUUAUUAAGAAAAAAUCGUAUUUCCAUAAACUUCCAAGCCGACUUUGAUACUCGAGUGAGAAGAAUCCAUGAAAUCUCGAUAAGGAACGCUCCGAAGAAAUGUCUAACUCGCUUUUGAUCCGGCUGAUCUGACCCUAUUCAAAUCCAUUAUUCAGUCUCCAUGCUUUUAAGACUCAGAGAAAUAAGAUUUUACAACAAAGACUGCGUUUGCGAACGUGAAGCAUUAACUGCCAUACGAUUAAUGUUUACAUUCGACGAACCAAUACGACGAAAGGUUAAAAAACAACCGUGAAAUGUUGAAUCAUCUACAAUUGACGAAGUGCAUUGGCACAAGGUACAACACGUAGAAAAUUAAAUAUUCACGUUUGCUAUAAGUACGUCCCCGUGAUUAAACAAACGUUAUUCCACUCAAUAUUAUUGUCCAGCUCGUCAAUUAUGAACACAGGAUGAUUUGAAGCUCAAUUCGGUUUUACUGAUAAAAUUGUGAAAAAGAGUUCCCAUUAUAAGUGUAUCAUAGGAGUGAAAGAGACGAUUUUUAAAUGAAAUAACAAUUUGACUAUAAAUGUAUUUGAUUCUUUGAAUGUUUUUGAGAUACCGAAAAUCCGGAAUUUUCAUUACUGUUUGCUAAUUGUAAAGGUUAAUUACAGGCUAACAAACACAUUUGCUGAUACUUGAAAGAAACAAACAAAAAACGUAUAAUACAAAAUAAACAAAAAUUCAAAUACACUCGUGCGAGAGUAGCCAAUAAUGAAGUACGAAAAAAUUGCAUUCAGGAAAUGAUAUUUAAGGCAAAUUUUAAACAUGUGUAGUGCAGGCCACGCAUAUAUAUGUUAAAAUACAUAUAUAUAUGUAUCCAAUUGACGAAUCUAAUGAGAGAGUGCAUUUUGCAUUGUUCGAUUAAUGAUACGAUUAAGAACGCUUUUCAUGCUUCGAUAAUAUCUUAAGUUGCAUCUUUUUCGAACUGAAAAAAUACGAAACAGCGUACGGGGGUCCUCAACCGAAUUACGAUAAUAUUCAUUUCUCAAUACAAAUUAUUACGAAGCUCUAUCCGACGUGGCACGAACGUUCGACGUUUUUACCAGCUACAAUUAUAAUCACACACACACACAUACACACACGCACACAUAAUGGUCUAUAUUAGGCCGAAGAUACAAAGUACUCACAGUAAAAAAAUGAUCAUUUCUAAGUGUCUUCAACGAAAGAGCAAUGAGUAAAAUAACGAAUAUAACUUGAGGAAAAAGAGAGAAAACAAAACAAAACAAAGUGUGGGAAUUUCAACCGAUAGCAACUCGAUGUUCUCGUACUCACGAACUAUUUUUUUAUAUCCGAAAAAAAUGUUAGUCUAGCUAUAGGAAAACGUGUGUCAGAUAUGCUUUUUCAUUUUGCUGUUCUUCUUUCAUUUGUUUUUUAUUCCCAGACGAGUGCGAAGUCUUUUUAUCGUAAUAACGUAAUAUCGAUUUUUAUCUCUUUUAAUUAUUAUAAAAACUACUGUAAUAGGAGAGGACAAUUCAACAACAGGCACAACGAUGCUUGCAAAUGUACAUACUGUAGCAUAGAACAAAACAAAAAUGUACACCAGGCUCCACGUUUAACGAAUCUGAUCUUGGUCUGCGCUUAUUAUUUUUUAACAUUUAACUUUUUAAAUUAAAUUUUUUCUUCGUUUAUCUUUAUAUAUUUAUCAUCUGAUCUCACGUAUAAGCACGACGAAUUAACGCGUUAGCACGCACGAAAAUAUCGUUUGAGAUGCUCUCUGCUGCACUUGCCGGCACAUUUUUUUCUUACGUUUGCUUCAAAAAUCUCAGAUCUCCGUUUUGUAUUGUGCUCAAAUCCGAGGGGGGUACCGCUGUUUCGCCUACUACAAACGAAGUUUGGUGCUCUUCUCGAAACUUCUAAUUUGCACAAUUAUCAAGAUACUACGUUUCCUUAUUUGUCAUUCAGAAUCUCAAGUAACGUAGUCUUUUUGGAUGAAAGAAAAAAAAAACAAAAAAUAUUCAUUGAUACAGGAAAAAAGUACGUUUGAACUGUUGAUUUUAGAACAAAUUCUGACAAUUACGCUCGAUCGGCCAUUCGCGAUUAGGUAUGAUGACAUACUCGAUAGUCGGACGCACACGUUCGUGCAUUCGACAUUAGAUUUUAAGUAGUACAUUUGUUUCAACAUACGACGUUAUUUCGAGGCCUCGACGAUAUUUUUUUUCUGUUUAUACGAUGGAAUAAUGCGAUUUCAAAGGCUAUUAUAAGUUAUCCAGUCAUUAAACAUCGAAUUUACAUGAAAAAGAUAAAAUAACAAAAAAUUAAAAACAUUUAAAAUAAUUAAGGUCCUAAUAAUAUAUCGAGAAUUUGCAGAUAAUCAAACGAAAACAAACGAAAAAAACAAUAACAACAACAACAACAACAAAAACAUAACGAAUAAUAAGAAAGAAGGAAUUGCUAUGUAUAUUUCAAACGUGCGUUGAGUACCAUCGUCAAGAGCAUUUACAGCGCUACAAACCAAAGUUACGUACUCAUCGCGCAUAUUAUUAUAAUUCUUCUUUUUUUGAAAAUUAAUAUUACGAGUUUUUUUUUUUUUUUUUUUUUAAAUUUUUUUCUUCUAUUAACUAAGUACUAAUUUACAACGUGAUUCAACAGUGAAUGAGUGAAUUGUGAAAUAUUCUAGUCACUAUGAAUCUGCUUUUGAUUUUCGUACAAUUCCCCAUGUCGAAAGAAAUUGUCAAACGUUUUUUAUACUUUAUAUAUCCUCGUUACUUUACCACCAAUUAGCCAUGACUUUUUCUAACCGAUACUUGGGUCGCAGCCAAUUUGACAAAACGAUUGAGGGGGCGACAGAGGGAGGGGCGGGGGGGGGGGGGGGGGGGGGGGCUACGAAGUAAAAGAAUGUUUUCGCAGCGUUUAAAGUAAUGUCAAUUUUGCCGUAGCACAAACAAACAAACAAACGAACAAACAAAAUAAAAACGAGAAUGAGCGUUGUUGUGAAAUAAUUAAACGAGCCCGCGCACCUUACAUUUUACAUGUAUGAAAUGAAAAAAAGAAACAAAAAGUUAAUCCUCAAGAACGAAAAAACGAAAUAUUAUAGAUAUAUGUAUAUGUGCUCGAAUACAACGCGAAUUAUCAGUAAAUUUGUAUAACACAUAACGCUUGUCUAUUUUCCUAAGAUUUCUGUGUGCGUGUGUGCGCGUGUUUGUGAUGCGUGAGUGUUACAUGCGUGCGUGUGUAUUCAAACCGCUAUUGAAAAAAGAUGAAGAGGGUGGUAAUUUAUUGGGCGAUAUCAUUUUUAUUUCUUUCUUCUUUUCAUUAAAUUGCAAAAAAUUUCUUAAGCUUUUUCUUAUAUUCUGGUGCUACUUCAUUUAAAUUAUAACAUGAGAUGACGCAAUGAUUUUAAUCAAGUGGAAAAACUGCACUCUCAUGCUAGCUAAAAAUGUAUUUGACACGUAAAAACAAAAAAAAAAACGUUUGAAAUAGCUUCGAGUUUCAUCAUAUUUUUCUCAGUAACGAGAGCUAUUGAUCACACAAACUUUACGAUUGAAUAUAUACAAACGCAUGUUCUCGGGAUACAGAAUGCAUGUAUUACGUUUUCUUUUUUUUAUAUUGUAAUGGAAAAAAAAAAAAAAAAAAUGAAUACAAUUUUUUUAAAUAUACUUUGCACACUAUACACUAAAACAGACGAUUCCGAAUUUGACAAAAUACUCGGUGAUUUCCAUGUUUGUACGUAAACUCAUUGAUGAUUUGGGAGAUUAAAAAUCUAAUUCCUACGUCAAUCGUUGAAACAACGUAUUUUUAUAUUCACGUUUCCUGCUUUUGCGAAAAAGCUUCGAACUUCCGGUCCUUUUCCUACCUUCGCGCGAAACACGUAGAGGGAUUGAAGAAACAGUCCGUCAUGCGCAGCGUCAAUUUGUAGCGAUUUUCGUAUGUAUACGUACAUUCGUUGUAUAGCGAUGUAUAGAUGUGGAAGAAAAAUCAAUCGUACUGAUGCUGCUGUUGCUGCUCACGAAAUAACACCUCAACAAAUCUAACAUUCAAAAAAGUAAAAAGUCGACAAAGUUGACAACGUCGAUUUGUGUGAUUUUCAUAUUAUUUUUUUACUGAUAAAAGAUCGAAGACAAUGAACGAGUGACUUUCGUGGGGGAGGUGCAUAAAGUGAUUUCUUCUGUAAAUAAACUCGUAACAGAAAAAAAAUUGCACGAUCAAAGAUGGAAAAGAAAACACCGCAGGAUGUUGUAUUCCAAAUUGUACCAUUUCCGAAUGGAGUUUCAGAGAAAGAAGAGCCCCCGAAAUCAUGGAAAUUUCUUCUCGUUUGUUUGAUUUGGCUUAUUUCUUCAAUAAGCGACAUGUUUUUGAGCAAAUAUUUCUAUUUCCCUGUCAAGACGACUAUACUGGUAGUGCAAUUGAUAUCAAUGUCAUUGUACACCUGGAUAUUCACCGUUGCUUGUGACAUACCAAAUAAAAACACAAACGUUUCAUGGCUCAACUUUUUAAAAUACAUCGUCCCGGUCGCAGUCAGUAUUUGCGGACGCAUAAUGACAGUUAAUGAUAGGCUGUGGACCACUCCCAUUAGUGAUCCGUAUUCAGCCGAAGCUGACUUCUGCACCCCCUUCUUUGUACUUCUCUUGUCGAAAUUCAUAUUAGCCAACAACAAAAUCGAGUAUUGGCAAAUGAGUCUGGCAAUGCUUACAGCCUGGCUAUUGAUUAAUCUACGCAAUUGGAUAUUUAUGUAUAAUCCACAGUGGAUAUCUGAAUCCAUGGGAUAUGCGCUAUUAACUGCUAUCGAGUUGACAUUCUCCAAAGAGAUAAUGCAACAAACAGGCAUACAUCCCUUGAGAUUACUCAUAGCUCUGAGUAGCUUAAUUCUCCUUGUGAUCUUACCAAAAUGGAUUUAUGAAAUGUUUUGGUGCAUAGAGCCAACAUCUUUAAAAUUUAUAUCAAACUGGGAAUUUAUUUCUUGUAUCUUACUUCUUGGAGCACUUGGUUCGGUCCAGGCAGCUAGCGCGUUCACAAUUCUCUCGAUGGUAUCUCUUGAACGUUAUGUUAUUGGAAGUAUCUGUAAUCGAAUAAUUCGCAUAUGUAGUUACCCAUUCACAACUAUAAUCUUUGGAGCAGCAAACGGAUGGAGAGAUUAUGAUGGAGAAAGUCAAAUUUUUUAAUAAUCGAAUAUACAAUUCAUAAGAUCUUAUAGCUGAUAAUUACCUACCAAAAUCAUAUUCUAUACAUAACACCCUAAAAAUUCAAGUACAUGGUGUAAAAAUACAUAGAAUUAGGAAUCGUAAUCAUAGCAUGAUUUACAAUUCCACAUAUUUCGUGUAUUUCAAGCUGAAACUUCAGCAAAAAUGUUUGCUGAAUUGCCGAUUUCUUUGGUGUAACGAGAAAAAACAGACGGAAUACUGACGUAAAUGCGGAAGAAAUAAGAUUUGACAUUUGAUGAAAAAAAAACGCUCAGGUGCCAGUCUGAAAUCAUAACGGUAAACUUCCUUUUUCACAACAUUUUCAUAGCAGGUAUAUAGUUAUACAUUUAUAGUAUAUGGAAGAAUUUUUUCAUUAAUUUUUGAUUAUAGUGAUUUUUGUAUUGACAAUUUUCUAUAUUAAAGAUGCCAAUUUUUGCUUUAAAAUAUUUUAUGCUAUUUGGAUUCGAAAUAAAAAACAUUUUAAAUCCCA